GAAAACUAGCUUGUUCGUUGACCGCGAUGGGCGUAAUAAAAAUAGCUUUCAUAUUGAGUGUGGGUCUAGUUGGCAUUUUGGCCAACAGUCGCAAGGAAAAGCAGCAGGACGCGAAAUACAAUUGGUGGCAGCACGAGGUCUUUUACCAGAUCUAUCCGAGAUCCUUUCAGGACAGUAACGGCGAUGGCAUCGGCGAUCUUCAAGGUAUAACUUCUAGGUUGCAGUACUUCAAGGACACAGGCAUCACUGCCGUAUGGCUGAGUCCCAUCUAUGAGUCGCCCAUGGUGGACUUUGGAUACGACAUAUCAAACUAUACGAAUAUUCAGCCGGAAUAUGGUACCCUAGAGGACUUUGACGACUUGAUAGCCAGGGCUAAUGAACUGGGUGUGAAGGUCAUUCUGGACUUUGUGCCCAAUCACAGCUCGAACAAGCAUCCCUGGUUCAUAAAGUCGGUGGCCCGAGAGCCAGGAUACGAGGAUUUCUAUGUGUGGGAAGAUGGCAUCCUUCUGGAGAACGGAACUCGAAUUCCGCCCAACAACUGGCUGUCCGUCUUCUCCGGAUCUGCCUGGAUGUGGAACGAAGAGAGGCAACAGUUCUAUCUGCGACAGUUCACCUACGGACAACCUGAUCUGAACUACCGAAAUCCGGCAGUAAUUCAAGCCAUGGACGAUGUGAUGCUCUUCUGGUUAAACAAGGGAAUUGCAGGAUUCCGCAUCGAUGCCAUUAUUUAUAUUUACGAGGAUGCUCAACUAAGGGAUGAGCCUCUAAGUGGCACCACUAAUGAUGCGAACAAUGAGGCUUAUUUGGAACACAUCUAUACCAGAAACCAACCUGAAGAUUACGGACUACUCCAACAUUGGCGGCAACUCCUGGAUAACUACACAGCCAGCCAUGAGGGACCUCUGAGGAUAAUGAUGACCGAGGGCUAUGCCUCAGUGUCCCAGCUGAUGGAGUACUACGAAGACACGAAUGGAGUUCAGGGUCCCGAGUUUCCCUUUAACUUUGACUUCAUCACCGAGCUGAAUGCUAAUUCGACUGCUGCGGACUAUGUCUUCUACAUCUCCAGGUGGCUCAUCUAUAUGCCACAUGGCCAUGUGGCCAACUGGGUGAUGGGAAAUCACGAUAACCCCCGAGUGGCUUCGCGGUUUGGCGAGAAAUCUGUGGACGCCAUGAAUAUGCUGCUAAUGACGCUGCCAGGCAUUGCCAUUACCUACAAUGGUGAAGAGUUGGGCAUGACGGAUUACAGAGACAUCAGUUGGAGCGAUACUGUGGAUCAGCCCGCCUGCGAUGCUGGCAUCGAUAACUAUAAGACAGUAUCUAGAGAUCCAGAGCGUACGCCCAUGCAAUGGAAUAGUGAUCUCAAUGCAGGAUUCUCCACAGCCAACCAAACUUGGUUGCCUGUCAAUCCCAACUAUAGGGACCUCAAUCUUCGCAAUCAGCAGCAGGCAAGACGAAGUCACUACAAGAUCUACCAGACCCUUCUGAAGCUCAGACAGCUGCCAGUUUUGAAGAAUGGAUCCUUUGUGCCAGAAGUGGUAAACCGAAGGGUUUUCGCUUUCAAGCGGGAACUGAAGGGCGAGUACACGCUGCUGACCAUCGUGAACGUGAAGAACCGCACCGAAGUGGUGGAUAUCGGGGACUUUAUAGAUCAGCCCAAUCGGUUGGCUGUCCUUGUGGCGGGCGUGGACUCGCAACACCGGGAGGGUGAGAGACUCAAGGCCGAUGCCAUCGAGCUGGCCCCCUACGAGGGAUUAGUUAUUCAGCUGAACAAGCGAAAGUAACCUACACACUACUUGGUAUUCAACAUUAAAGUACGAGAAAACUUUCCAUUCGACA